AAUAAUGUACUCUAAAGAAAAUGAUUGAUGAGAAGCUCGAUAUUGUCGGUGGACUGAAUCGAGACGAUGAAAGUAACAUAAACCAUGUCUCACGUCUAAGGGGGGAGAGGGGCAUGAAGACCUGAAACUCGUUGAGAGGAAUCCAUAGCAACAAAGAAGCACACUUUAGUAACAAGACUCCUAAAGCUGCAGACCCAUAAGAAUCGGAGGAGGAUUCCCUGUGCUUGUCUCCUCAUGGAUCCUCUGGGAGCACGCUCACAGUUCAUCGAUGUUCAGACAUUACCCAGCUGGGACCAGCCUCAGCAGGGGGAUGAGCCGGACUCCAGCAAAACAAGCCAGCAGCUCUAUAAGGACAGGGACACUGGCUCUCCAUUCCCAUUCAGGGAACACAUCAAUAAGAAAGUGGUUCUGUUCAACGGGAAUGUAGCCCUCCUGAAUUGCACUGCCAUAGUCAACACAAGCAAUGAAGCUCUGAUUGAUAAGAACCCCAUUUCUGACAGCAUUCACUUGCACGCUGGGCCUGAGCUUAAAGAAGAGCUUCUCAAACUGAAAAGCUGUCGAACGGGGGAAGUUAAGAUGACCAAAGGGUUUAACCUGGCUGCCCGAUUCAUAGUUCACACAGUAGGGCCCAAAUACAAAGCCAGAUACAGGACUGCAGCCGAGAGCUCACUCUACAGCUGCUACCGGAAUGUCAUGCAGCUAGCCAAGGAGCAGGCUCUGGUGUCUGUGGGGUUUUGUGGUAUUAACUUGCCCAAGAGAGGGUACCCAAUGGAGGAUGCCACACACAUAGCACUCAGAACAGUCCGUAGGUUUCUGGAGAACCAUGGAGAAACAAUUGAGACUGUAGUGUUUGCUGUGACAGACCUAGAGGAGCCUGUAUAUAAGAAGCUGUUGCCACUGUACUUCCCGAGAUCUGUAGAAGAAGAGCACAGGAGUCUCCCUCUUAUCCCUGCAGAUAUUGGCAAUUCUGAAGGAGAACCAGUCGUACCAGAGAGGCAAAUCCGCAUCUCAGAAAAACCAGGCUUUCAUGAAGAUUCAGAAGAGGAUGAUUUGGAAAAGGACUUGUCCUUUGUGGGCUCCCACGCUUUUGCCCGGAUGGAAGGAGAUGUUGAUAAGCAACGGAAGCUAAUUCUGCAGGGGCAGAUGUCAGAGGCAGCGCAGCAUAAACAACACCAGAGAAACUAUAACCGUUGGCUAUGUAGAGCAAGAGCAGAGGACUUGUCAGACAUUGCAGCUUUAAAGGCAUUAUAUCAAACAGGUGUGGAUAUCUGUGGUCGAACGGUUAUGGUUUUAGUUGGAAGAAACAUUCCUGUAGCACAAAUAGACAUUGAAAAGGCCCUGCUGUAUUUUAUCCAUGUCAUGGAUCACAUAGCCGUGAAGGAGUAUGUCCUGGUGUAUUUCCAUACGCUGACUGGUGAACACAAUCACCUGGACUCUGAUUUCCUAAAGAAGCUUUAUGACAUUGUAGACGGCAAGUAUAAAAAGAACCUGCAAGCUUUUUACUUUGUGCACCCCACAUUCCGUUCCAAGGUGUCAACAUGGUUUUUCACCACCUUUAAUGUCUCUGGGUUAAAGGACAAAGUUCAUCACGUGGAGAACCUCCAGCAGCUCUUUACAUGCAUAUUACCAGAGCAAAUCGACAUGCCCCGUUUUGUGCUGGAGUACGACGAACGGGUAAACGGGCCUUACCAUCCUUACUACUCGUCAUUGCUUGACCUUUGAAGAACACCAAAGCUCUUUUGUUUCACAGACACAAACAUGCUGUCAGCUGGACAUCUGAACUGUGCAUGCUCUCUAACUAUGAACGGAUAACUUUUUUUUCCCUCUCUUUGUACAAAGUAAUUUCAAGCAGAGAAACAAUCAAAAUGAGCUUUAUUUCACCUUGAGCCAUACAUUUCACAAACAAUAAAUAUAUGUGUAUCAGUUCAGGGAUAAACCACUAAUUCUUAAUUUUGAGAAAAAAAAAAAAAAAAAAAAAAAAAAAAAAAGAAAUGAUCUGUAUUCUGUAAAAUGGGGAAUUGUACAGGGAGUGAUGCUAGUUAAAGCUUAAAAGAUUCAGCCUGUCAAAGGCCUGUCUUCAGCCUUUAAAGGAGAGUGCACUCUAUUUAGUUUAAGACCCUUGAGUUAGUAAAUGACCCUUGUGUCAGUGGCAAUGCCAUGGGUUAUUUGAGUUCCUCUUCGAAGUGAAAAAUGUCAGAGUUCUCAAUUAGAUAUCUGCAGAGACUGCUCGAACUAAAAUGUGGAUGAGGUGAUGGGACCAGUGACUUUUUUAUUUUUAAAUUCUUACACUAUAGCCAUUGAACCCAGCAUUAAGGCCACUUGCAAACACCAUCAUUAUUUGGCAGUUUUGUCCUGGGGAUAUUGUGGAGUUUCUUUUGUGUCCAAGAGAUUUAUUUUAGAUGUAUAGUACUUGAAAACUUAGCCAGCCAACAAAUCAUCCAUUGUGCCUAAACCACCCCACCUAUGUUUCUUACAUCUGUGGACUCAUGCUCUUAUUUAAAUUGAUUAAAUGUCACUAUUCUCAAAAGAGCUGGACACAUACAUAUCUCCUGAAUGACUGUUCUGAACUGGAAGCAUCUUGUAUUAUAAGUGACUGCAGCAGCAGUUGUUGAUGAUGCAUAGUUCACCCCCCCCCCCCCCCCAUAGUCUCUAAGUUGCUUUAGAUAAAAGCAUUUGCUAAAUGACAAUUCUUAUUGUAGGUAUCAAUCUAGUGUUAAUGUCUGUAAAUACAAUCUGUGUGCUCAUUUGUUCAGAUGGCAAAACCGCUACAUCAGUAGCUAUAGGCAUAGGCUACUGAAAAGAAACUUCUGGUCCCUGGAGUGCAGGGUAUGUCAUGGAAAGCUUUCUGGUUCCAAUCCCAGUCAUGACAUGUUGGAGAUGGCUGGGGGCCUACAGCGUGGGUUGUAUUGGCUUUUGCAUGUCGGCAGGUUCAAGAUUAAAUUCCGUUAUGGCCAGGCAGUUACUGGCCAGUAACUUGCUAGACUGGGCCUCACCACCAGGAUUCAGUAGCUUGGCAACAUCCGAUGCUUUUGUUUAAUGGGUGAAAAGAGACUAUUGCUUGUCCAUUGAGCUUCAAACCUAAAGUAAGUGGGUUGGCGACAUUCAUAUUAUGGAGAAAAUGUAGUUUAAAAAGAAAAAAAAACAAAAAAAUUUGACAACAGUUUUCAGUAUAAUCUUCCGAUUGAGUGUUUAAAGUUCUAGAUAACCAUUGGCAGAGCAGGUCAAUUAUUAGCCUGGUGUGCUGGUUUAGAAGUAUGUAAAUUAGGACACAGUAUAUGUUUUUUUUUUUUUUUUGGACAAUGAGUGCAUCCUUUAUUUUAUCAACAGUAAAAAUAGCAAAGUACUCUGACUGUGAUUUCAAAAAUAGACAUGGACUACAAACCAAGUUUUUUUUGUUUUUUUUUUUAAGUCGAAAUGCGGCUUGUGGAAUGACAUGAUGCAGUAAUUGACUAUUUUAAACAAGUGAAAUCCACUUUCAAAAGAAUUAGGUUGUCAAAUUGUUGUUGCUGGGAUUUUUUUAUUUAUUUAUUAUUUUUUUUUUUUUGUCAUUCAGCUGUAAAAAUAAGAGGAACACAUUUUUGAUAUGGUAUUUCUUCAUAUAGUUCUCUGCGUUGGCCAAGGGGUGAGAUGAGGAAUUUACCCUAAUUACUGAGCACAAAUAUCGUUAGCCUUUAUUUUUUACGUUUAUUUUAAUAGUACUGUUUAACUGUUCUUGUGUGAAAUGCUGCAGUUUACCCAGCUGUCUUAAAAGAUGGCUAGUGUGGGGCCUGAACAGUGAUCACGCUAAGAGAAACGCAUUGCAUUUACAGAUGUCUAGCUGGAAAAUGACCAAUGUAUUUUGCCUGAAGUCUUGCCAAUCUAGAAAUGGGGGAGUUUGAUGAAAGGUAAUUCAUUAAAAUAUUUUCCAAGUGCCCAAACAGUAUUUACAUUGCAAAGUUAUGUAAUGUGUUUUUUUUUUUUUUUUUUUUUUUUUUUGUCCCCCCUGGGAUAAGGAUAUGAAAAAUGACAGUAUUAUUUAAAGUGAAAAUAGGUUAAGACUCAAUGUAUUGUAUGUCUAUUUUCUUUAAAGAAAUCUUGGAAAGAGAAGAGCCAUGACCUGUACUAUUCUAUUAAGGUUUUUUCCCAGAGCUGCUAGUUUUUGUUGCCUGCUUGCCUGCAUGCCUGCAUGCUGGCCUGGAUCAUUAGCUGUCUACAAAAUGAGGUAAAAUGAUUUUUCAAAAUAACUGCAACAAUGAAAAUCUAAAUAAAUGUGGAAAAUUCA